UUUAGCCAAUACUACUCCGACUUCGAGGUGAACUUGAAGAGGAGGGAGUACACGAAUUUGACCCAAGGAGGGGAAUGCACGGUGAAGGAACUUGAACACAAGUUCAGAAAGCUUGCUGAGUUCAUACCGGAGUACAUUUGUGAUGAAAAUCGGAUGGUGAACCAUUUCUGGGAUGCCUUGGACCUUGACAUACGUGAGAGGGCAACACAAUUGCCUAAUAUGACAUUUAGUCAAGUGGUGGAACAAGGUUUAAAGGGAGAGAAGGAGUGGGAAGAGAGGAAGCGAAGAAAUGCCGAGGAGGCAAAGAAAAGAAAAUGGGAGAACCAUGGCCCCCAAGGUUCAAACAAGAAGAUGAAUCACGGGGGAGGAGGAUCCUUCAGGGCACCCGCACCACCAUCAAGGGGGAAUCCCAACAUGGGUGGGCAAAACUCGGGGUUACAAGCCUCGACGAAGCCUAAGUGCAGGAAUUGCAAGAGAAAUCACGAGGGCAAAUGUCGUGAUCCCCCACGGUGCUACCAAUGCGGAGAUACGGGGCACAUAAGGCCUAAUUGCCCUCAACUUGGUGGGAACCGGUCAUCAGGACCAAACGUGGCAACCACGGUGAGUAGAAACCGGGGUGGGGCACCCAAUGCAAGCACGAACCACGGCGGGGCAAGUACAAGCAACGCACCCUCCGUGAACCAAGGAAGGACUCAAGCGAGAGUGUACGCAAUGACCGAGGCCGAUGCUCGGGCUAAUCCCGACUCCGUCGCAGGUAAUACACUUAUUCUGGUCAUUUCUAGGCUUACUUUGAUCAUAUACGUCGUUGGGAUUGAGUACGGGCCACCCCGGGGUCAAACCGGGUGAGUUAGGCCAAAUCGGGCUGGAAACAGCCACUGCUGGCCAGGCACGCCCGCAGACACGCCGUGCCUGGCAUCGUGCCUGGAAGGCAGUGGCACCCGAAGAAAAGAAGAAAAAAAAAAAAAAAAAAAAUUUGGGCCAGGCACGGCCGCAGGCACGCCGUGCCUGGCGUCGUGCCUGGAAGGCAGUGGCGCCCCGAAGAAAUUUUGGCCAGGCACGGCCGCAGGCACGCCGUGCCUGGCACCGUGCCUGGGAGGCAGUGGCUGGCAGGGAGACUCCUGUGCACGCACGGCCGUGCGUGCCACCCAGGCACGCCGUGCGUGGACCCCCGGCAACCGAAAACUCAUUUUUUCGCUCCGUUCUUCUACGUUUGGACCCCCGAUUGAUUCCAAACAGUAGUAUGAACCUAAUAACCUCCUAAUGAUGUGUAAAAACAUUAGAAAAGGUAUCCCACAUGACUAUAAAUGUAGGAACACUAAAGAUUAAUGGGAAGCAUGCGCGAAUCCUUAUCGAUACCGGAGCGCAACGCUCAUUCGUAAGUGAGGCGUUCGCCGAGGGCUCAGAGAUACAAUCAAUACCCAUGACGCGAACUUUAGUGGUAUCAACACCACUAAGGGCAGACGUUGAAAGAACCAAGUACUAUCAGUCUUGUAUGGUGGAAAUCGGUGGCCAAAACUUGAUGUGUGAUUUCGUACCGCUGAGUAUGAUGGAGUUCGAUGCAAUCCUAGGGAUGUGUUGGCUAGAAAAGCAUCAUGCUAGGGUAGAUUGCUACACAAAGGUCUUGGGACUCGAAGGCAAUGAUGGGGAUACCCUACGCUUGAGGGGGACCGAGGCAAAUCAAACAGCUGUAUCGUAUCCGCUGCGAGAGCGAGAAGUAUGAUGAGAAAGGGAUGUCACGCUUAUCUAGCAUACGUGGUUGACAAGACCAAGGAGGAAACGAACAUCGACGAUGUGAGGGUGGUUUGUAAGUACCCGGAUGUCUUCCCAAAGGACCUGCCGGGGCUUCCACCUGAUAGGGAGAUUGAAUUUGUGAUCGAGGUCGAGCCCGACACCAAACCAAUCUCCAUACCGCCAUACCGUAGGGCACCCGCUGAACUUAACGAGUUAAAAACCCAAUUGCAAGAGCUUUUGGAUAACAGUUUCAUCAGACCAAGCCACUCCCCAUGGGGAGCACCGGUCCUUUUUGUGAAAAAGAAGGAUGGGACACUUCGAAUGUGCAUUGACUAUCGUCAACUGAACAAGGUCACAAUCAAAAAUAGGUAUCCCUUGCCUAGGAUUGAUGACUUGUUUGAUCAACUACGAGGAGCAACCGUGUUUUCAAAGAUUGACUUGAGGUCGGGGUACCAUCAAUUGAAGAUUAAGGAGGAUGACAUACCAAAGAGUGCUUUCCGCACGAGGUAUGGGCAUUUUGAGUUCCUUGUUAUGUCUUUUGGGUUAACAAACGCCCCGGUGGCAUUCAUGGACUUGAUGAACCGAGUAUUUCACAAAUACUUGGACCGAUUCGUGAUUGUGUUCAUUGAUGACAUCUUGAUCUACUCAAAGAGUGAGGAAGAGCAUGAGGAGCACUUGAUACUCGUUCUUGAGACACUACGGGAGAAGCAACUCUAUGCCAAAUUUUUCUAAAUGUGAAUUUUGGCUUAAGGAGAUUGGCUUUCUCGGGCAUGUAGUUUCAGGAUCGGGAAUUGCUGUUGAUAAUAAGAAGAUAGGGGCCAUUACCGAAUGGGAGAGACCAAAGAACGUCAAGGAAAUUCGUGGUUCCCUUGGGUUAGCAGGCUACUACAGGAAGUUCGUGGAGAAACUCUCCGUUUUGGCAUCACCAUUGACAAAGCUCACUCUUAAAGGAGCUAAGUUUGUAUGGGAUGACAAAUGUGAGAAGGAGUUCAUUGAACUAAAGGAGAGGUCGACCGAGGCACCGGUACUUGCAUUACCCAAACAGGGUAUGGGGUACGAUGUCUAUAGUGACGCGAGCAUCCAAGGGCUUGGAUGGGUGUUGAUGCAGGAGGGGAGGGUAAAUGCCUAUGCUUCACGACAGUUGAAGAAGCAUGAGGUGAAUUACCCUACCCAUGAUCUAGAGCUGGGAGCAGUGGUGUUUGCACUGAAAAUUUGGAGACAUUAUCUCUACGGAGAGACAUGUCACAUAUAUACUGAUCAUAAGAGCUUGAAGUAUGUGUUUACUCAGAAAGAGUUAAAACAUGAGACAGUGAGGGUGGAUGGAGUUGAUAAAGGACUACCAUCUAGUUAUUGAGUACCAUCCAGGUAAGGCAAACGUUGUAGCAGAUGCCCUCAGUCGGAAGAGUUGUCUGGGGCAUUGUCGACUUGUUUGAGGGCAUUGAGGGGAACUACGCUGUGCAACCAAUCAAGGUCACCAAUAGAAAAGUGAAGAAACUGAGGAGCAAAGAGGCCCCAAUGGUUAAAGUACUCUGGAAGAGCGAUCAGGUCGAAGGGGAGACAUGGGAAACAGAGGCUUUGAUGAGGAAGCAGUAUGCUUUCCUAUUCGAGUAGAGCUGUGAAUUUCGGGGACAAAAUUCCUGUUAAGGGGGGGUGAACUUGUGACACCGCACCCGAACGUCCUUGAAAACUUGAUUUUUAAAAUUCAAAGUUUAUGUAUUGGAUUUCUGAUUCCCAAACGAUUGUAAAACGAUUAAUGUUUUACGUAAUUAAUGAUCGAUUAUUGUACUGUUCGAACUCGUAUAUAAGUAUCGGGCCUUAUUAAUAAGUAAAAGAGCCUAACAUUAUCUAAAUAGUAAUACAUAACGUUUCAAGACAAGUUGAGGAAGGGCGGGCGGCCCAGAUAUUAUUUUGGGCUCAACCCGCUAGAAUAGCAAGUAUUCAAGAAUGGCGUCGUAGGCCCACUCGGGGGCGACCCACACGGCUUGUAGCCUAAUAAUAUGAAUGGAAAAUGUCAAAAUAAGUGAUAGGAUGAUUUGAGAAGAAUACAAAUGCCUAUAACCCCAUCUUUGGCAUUAUUGAGCUAAAUAAUGGGAGUAGGGUUUUUCUUCUAUAAUAUUCAUCAUGUAAAUUAUUGGGAUGCUCAUACACAUAUUGGAGAUCAAUAAUAUGAUGUAGAGAGUUGACUUGUUCCAAAUAAAUUAGAAUGAGUACAAAGAGACAUCUUAUGACAAAGAGAUCAAAAGUGAGACCCACCCAUGUCUAAAAACAUCUCAUGGAGACCAUACCAAUUCAUUUCACUCCACACAACUUAUCCACCCUUAUUGAAGGGUCUUGGACACUCCCUUAAGCCCCUCAUUCGAACUCCCAAGGAUAAGGGAGAAAGAGAGAGCCACACAACCAAGAAAGCAAGAGGAAGGGGAAGCUGCCGCAGGUUCGUUUUCCAGUGCGUAAGGUUACUUGUUUUCUUCAUAUCUCGAGUUAUACACAUCCAAAUAAGGCGUGCGAGAUACCCACAGAAAGCUCUCAAGACGAGGAAUCCGUGAAGGUCUGGUUUGCAUCAAUCGGAGUAGUGGAAGGCUUUCAAAUCGUCCGAGCAAAACACAACCUCGCGGAAUACGUUUUUGUAUUCAAAGUUAGGGAACGAUUUCGUCGGGAAACACCCGUUCUAGGGACUGUUUUUGUGUCUUCGGUUAGGAGUUGAACUAGCACUUUGAAGAGGCUGUUUAACACUCAAUUCCAAGCAAGGAAUCAGUCCUCAAUCUUUCUUGGCCGAGGCUUUGGUCAUUGGAUCGAGAAGGAAAGUUUUAAAGCUCAAUUGAGUUUCAGGUAGAACUUGAAGGUUGCUACCACCGCCCGUUGCUUCGGGAAGAUCAAAGGAGGGAGACGUGGUCCGUGCUUCUUCCGUUCCUGUUUUGAAAACAUUUUAAAUAAUGCUCAUGGAUAUUAUUUUUUAAAUAUUUAUUUGGGGGCUUGUAUGCCCAUGUUUGCCAAGGUGUGGCAUGAACACUUGUAUUGAAUGUUUCCGCUGCUUUAAAUGAAUAUUUUACAUUAUGUUUGUUUAUGGAUGUACUAUGUGUGAACGAUAUUC